GCCUUCCUGAAGUGAAGCUUGGUGUCGGCGUUGCCCAUGUUGUGUGGCCCGAACCUGCUCCGUCCCUUUGGAUCCGAGCUGAGGAUAAUCUCCUCAUCCACCGCUAUCAGCCUGCUGCGCUCCCGAAAUCCCUCCAGGACGUUUCUGUUGCGUUCUCCAGGUGAGCAGCUCCGUGUGAUGUCACUGCCCCCACACAGACUCCUGCUCUGCUCAGCCAAUGGCGCCUCCUUCCUGAAGCCAGCUCAAUAAAAGCCUCCAGCAGGUUCAGGCGGCGUCUGUUUGGCUCAGUUGGUGCAGAGGCGAUGACAGGCGCUGCUGUGCUGUUUUGGGCCCUGGCGGCGCUGUCCACGUCUCAGGCGGGGUCAAAGCGUGCGGUUCUGUCGUCUUCGUCUUCGUCUUCGUCGUCCUCCUCCUCCGAUGAAAGCUCAGCAUUUAACAACCCGGCUGUUCCUUCAGUGAACAGGGCCCAGUGCUACAAGGGCGUUGGGCUUCACUACAACGGCACCGUGUCGAGGUCCGAGAGCGGCCGCGAGUGUGAGGCCUGGAGUGCCGACACCAGGAAACGACACCUGUCAGCAGACGUGAAUGCAGGGAGACACAACUACUGCAGGUCUGUGGUACCGGUCUCAGUACCUCCGCGAGGCCCAGGUCGACGUCCUUCCAGACGAUGUGUGUCGACACCAGGACUAUUAUGGCAACAUGAUCACAGAGAACAUGUUUUGUGCCGCUCGACCCGACUGGAGCCAGGACGCGUGUGGGGGAGACUCUGGGGGCCCCUGGUGUGUGAGCUGCAGCUCCGACCCGGCGUUUACACCCGCGUGACCAGUUACAACAGGUGGAUCGAGGAGAAGACGGGUCUGAGGUCCAUCGGCGCCGGAGCCGCGAUUCCUCCCAAGUGA